AUGGCAAAGAACGUAUUAUCAAUUCUGUCCCAUGUGGUGCAUGGAUAUGUGGGCAACAGAGCUACUGUGUUUCCUUUACAAUAUUAUGGUUGGGACGUUGAUGCUGUCAAUACAACUAAUUUUUCAAAUCAUCCAGGAUAUGGAUCAUUUGAAGGUAAACCAAGUUCACCUGAGUUGGUAGCAGAUAUAUUCCAAGGAUUGAAAGAGAUACUUAAUUUGAAUGAUAAUUAUGAUAUGAUAUUAACCGGGUAUACUCCUGGUGAUAAAGUUUUAGAAGUGAUUUAUCAGCAAUUGAGUUCAAUCUUUAAUAGUUCAGAUAAAUCAAAAUUACCGAUUUGGAUCGUUGAUCCUGUAUUAGGAGAUAAUGGUAGAUUAUAUGUACUGGAAAAUGUUAUUCCUAUUUAUAAAAAGAUCUUUUCAUCAGGAUUUGUGACUUUAACAUCACCUAAUCAAUUUGAAUUUGAAACUUUAACAGGUUUGAAAUUAACUAAUUGGGAUUCAGUAGUGGAAGGAUUAACCAAGUUUUAUGAAUUAUAUAAAGUUCCCAAUGUUGUCAUAUCAUCAGCCAUUAUAGAUGAUGAAAUGUAUUCAAUAGGUUAUAGUCAUAGUGAUGAUACCAAAUCACCAAGUAUAUUUUAUUUACCUAUCAAUCAAAUCGAUUGUAAUUUCAAUGGAUGUGGAGAUCUCUUUACUGCAUUAUUAGCCAACGCAUUUUUUGAGAAUGAUAAGAAAUUAACUCCAUUGACAUUAAGUACAGUAUUGAUUAAAUUAAAUUUAAUCUUACAACAUAGUUAUAAAGAAGAGCAACAAGUUACAGGACAAGAAGUUAUUAAAGUUGUUAAAGAUAUUAGAAUUAUAUCACUGAGACAUUAUUUAUUACAGGAUAAUCAAGAUAAUGAGCUUGUGGUUAAAGUAAAGUAUCUUUAG